AUGUCUACAGCUACUGAAGUUUUGCAUGAUUUGGGAAUGCCCAUGAUGAAGAUCGAACCAUCCAACGAGUGUAAAACACCGAGCUCCAAAGAAAACAAGAUCCCAGCCGUUGUUUCAUGCCCGCCGGCACCGAAGAAACCAAAGAUGACUGUUUCAUGCAAGAGAAACUUGUCUGCACAAUUUCAAUUCUUCGACAGGGUUAACAGGGAAGAAGUUGAUGCUUUCUUCAAGGCUGCUUUCGAUGAUCCCGUCUCUAAGAGAAGUUUGUUUGUAAUGAAUUGGAAUUACAAACCCAAAAUCUACCACUGGGAUUCAAACAAGUCUGUAAAUAUUCAGACGGCUUAA